GCGCUCGUGCGCUGGGCUCCGAAGGCCAGCGCGUCCGCCGCGACCCUGAAGGCAGCGCUGGCCGACCUGGACUACAAGUUUAAGCGCACAGAGGUCACCUGCGCAGAAAGGGAGCGGAAGAUGCUGCAGAACUUCUUGGACGGGUGCCCGGGCCGCGUGCCCGUGGUCACCUUUGGCCGCGAGGUCCGGUGGCGCGAGCCGCGCUACGCGGACGAGGAAGGGUACAACGUCCACAUCCUCUUCAGCGUGCGGCCGGCGCGCCCGGGCAGCUACGAGGUGAAGAAGUGA